AUGGCGAAUCUCGCGGGCGCGUUGUCCACUGACGGCGUGAGGCCGUCGCUGCCAGUGCGCGGCAAGGGGGACCAGCGCGUGUACAUCCGCCGGUGCUUCUGCGUCGGAAAGAACUACGCCAAGCACGCUCGUGAGCUCGGCUGCGAUCCAGACAAGGAGCCUCCAGUCUUCUUCUGCAAGCAGGCCGAGGACGUCUUCCACGCGCGCGGUGCGAGAGAGUCCGUCCCCUUCCCGCUGUCGACGGAAGUACUGCACCACGAAGUCGAGCUCUGCGCGAUCAUCGGCCGCGAACAGCCGGCUGGUUCGGGACCCAUCCCGCGCUCCGAGGCCAUGGCAUACGUCGGCGGCUGGUGCACGGGCCUCGACAUGACCCGCAGAGACAUCCAGAACGAAGCUCGGCGCACGGGCGGGCCGUGGGACAUGUCGAAAUCGUUUCCGUACGCAGCGCCAUGCUCGGAGGUCGUGCCGGCCUCGGAGUGGCCGCGGGACGACUGGGACAUCGACCCGGUCGCGGCGAUGGCGGGGCUGCGAGUCACGUGCGACGUCAACGGCGAGCACAGGCAGGAGGGGGUUCUGGGCGAGAUGGUCUGGCGCGUGCCCGACAUCAUCCACUACCUGAGUGAACUCACCGAGCUCCGGCCCGGGGACCUCAUCAUGACCGGGACGCCGGAGGGCGUAGGGCCGGUCCUGCCGGGCGAUAGCGUGUGCGGGAAGAUCGACGGGCUGCCGGAGGUGAGGAUCGUGUACAAGAGCGAAUGA